AUGCAUUGGAAACAUGCAAGCCUUUUCAUCAGCCAGCUUGCUGUGCUUGGACGAUGCUGGCCAUACGACGAGGCGCUCACCGCAUAUAACGUCAACGAGAAUAAAACAGCCUCAAACCCGGCUGAAUACUGGGGGAAAUGGCCAAAUCACACUUAUCACCCUUCCCCGGCCAAUUGGCGUUUUCCAAUCUACACACUCUUCCUUGAUCGGUUUGUUAAUGGUGACCCGACCAACGAUAAUAUCAAUGGAACUCUCUUUGAGCAUGAUCUGGGCUCAAAUCAAAUGCGACAUGGCGGUGAUGUGGCAGGCUUGGUUGACACUUUGGACUAUCUCCAGGGAAUGGGCAUCAAGGGAAUAUAUCUGGCCGGAUUAGUCUUGAUGAAUCAACCAUGGAGCUCGGAUGGGUAUUCGGCUCUUGAUACGACUCUGCUAGAUCAGCACUUCGGUACAAUUCAGGUUUGGAGAGAUGCCAUUACGGAGAUUCAUAAUCGCGGAAUGUAUGUCAUUUUUGACAACACAGUUGCCACGAUGGGUGAUCUAAUUGGCUUCGAGGGGUAUUUGAACACUACCACACCAUUCUCGUUGAAGGAGCAUAAGGCCGAGUGGAAGUCAUCUCGACACUACGUUGACUUUCAUUUUGGCAACAGCUAUAACGAAUCUUGCGAAUAUCCUCGCUUCUGGAACGAAACUGGAUUCCCAGUUGGUUCAUACGUUCAAGAUGAGCUAUCGGGAUGCUACGACAGCGACUUUGACCAAUACGGCGAUAUUGAAGCUUUCGGUGUCUUCCCCGAUUGGCAGCGUGAACUUGCCAAAUUCGCAUCAGUCCAGGACCGUCUACGUGAAUGGGUACCCAGUGUCCGACAGCGGCUCAUUCGGCAUUCAUGUAUGAUCAUCUCCUCACUUGAUAUUGACGGUUUCCGUUACGAUAAAGCCACCCAAGCAACCGUCGAUGCACUCGGUGACAUUUCAAGUUCAUACCGAGCAUGCGCACGGCGAGUCGGGAAGGAGAAUUUCUUCCUCCCGGGAGAGAUAACGGUAGGGAAUAACCUGGGUUCUGUCUUCCUAGGUCGUGGUCGGCAACCUGAUAUGCUCCCGGAAACUCUCGACGAAGCAUUCCACUUAAAGAACUCAUCUGAAGAUUACUUCAUUCGUGAUGAGACUCAACAGGCCAUUGAUGGUGCUGCUUUCCACUAUUCUAUUUAUCGCUCACUAACCAGAUUCCUCGGAAUGGAUGGAAACCUCGCGGCCGGUUAUGAUAUUCCAGUCAGUUGGACAGAGGCGUGGUACGAGAUGAUCCUCACAAAUGACAUGAUCAAUGCCAAUACCGGCAAAUUUGAUCCUCGGCAUAUGUACGGAGCGACAAACCAGGAUGUUUUCCGUUGGCCAACCGUCUCACAGGGCAUCGAGAGGCAGCUAUUGGCCCUGUUCAUCACCACUCUUCAUCUACCUGGUAUUCCACUUUUGCUUUGGGGCGAGGAACAAGCCUUCUAUAUCCUCGAUGCGACGGCUUCCAAUUACAUCUUCGGUCGACAAGCAAUGUCUGCUGCCACAGCAUGGAAGACCCAUGGUUGUUUCCAGUUGAAUUCAACUCAAUACUUCCGAUGGCCGAUCGAAUCAGGGCGAUUGGGAUGUCGUGACGAGUCCGCCACGUAUGAUCACCGAGAUCCAUCUCACCCAGUCCGCAAUACCAUCAAACAUAUGUACCAGAUGCGACACAAUUACCCAGCACUGAACGACGGCUGGUGGAUUCAAUUGUUGUCUAACCAAACGCAUAACAUCUAUUAUCCAGGCUCUAAUGGUGUUCCAACCGAAACAGGGAUGUGGUCUGUUCUGCGAAGUCCGUACUACCAGAUGCAGGACCUUGGAGUGGCAGGGAACCAGACCAUUUGGUUCGUCUAUCAAAAUGAUAACCGGACAGUCACAUACGACUUCGAUUGCUCUGACAGAGAUCGGGCUCUCGUGGCACCUUAUGAUACAAAUACCACUGUCAAGAACCUCUUCUAUCCCCAUGACGAGCUUACUUUAAAAGACGGUCCCACAAAGCUUCAUCUCAAUGGCUCCGAGAAAUUCAAUGGGUGCCUCGAUAGCAUAACUCUCAAUGCUUACGAGUUCAGAGCGUACGUCCCGAAAGAAAAUUUUGUGCCUCCACAUCCAAUGAUCACCAAGUUCAUCCCUGGGCAUGAUGCACCAGUCUUGUCCAAAGCUGCUCCUGGAGAGAGUGAGAAUCUCGAAGUUGGUCUUUAUUUCAACACUGAGAUGAACUGCACCCUUCUAGCAGAUUUUAUUUCACUCGAGUCAACAACUGAGUCGGGAGAGGUUCCUUCCAUUGAUCUUGACACAGUGAAUUGUGGGUUCAUUAAUUCAGAUGAUCCCCUGUGGACUGGAAACAUUCCCAGCAGCUGGGGCUGGUCGGCAACUCUGAAAAAUGUCUAUAACGGAAUUCACCGCUUGACUGUCAGUAAUGCAACAAGCAGCGACGGGAAGUUCACAGAUGCGAUCGAUCAUUUUUUGGUUCGCAUUGGACAGCACGAUAAUCCCAUGAUCUUUACCUCUGCCAAUUACUCGAGCAGUCUGCUCCAUCAACGCAUUGAUGGAGAGCUCUUCAUCCGGCAACAUGCGGCAGGUGCAGACAUGUACCGCUACUCGACGAACUGGGGAAGCUCGUUUUCUAAUUGGAUCCCAUACGAAGGAGGCAAUCACACCAUCGAAGAACAACCUUGGUUUGGGACAAAGUCUCAGAGAUGGGACGGAAAACAUAUCCGUGUCGAAUACUGGAGCCGCUUUACGGGAAGCAGCGAUUAUGUUCAAGAAGGUGACGGGCCUGACUGGCAAAUGCCUCGUCGUUUCCCUCAUCUAUUUUUCAAUGGUCCCUUCAAUGAAUAUGGCUACGAUUCUGGCCUGGCAAACACUGUGAAGCAAGACAGCGAUGGCUUUUGGAAGUUCCGUUUCAUGGCAGAGUGGCCCGCUCAGGGUCAGCUCAAUGUGUGGGGUAUCAAUCCAGAUGGGCAGCCUGAUCAAAGCUAUAUUUAUGGAGAUUCCGAUGGAGAUUCAAUCCUGGAUCGGCUACCCCCGUCUUCGCUCAGUGUGACCACAAUUAACAUUACUCGGCAUCCUCCCCACCCCCAUUUGGCGUGGAGAAUCCACCUUGACGAUGCAUCGAUGAAAUUCGAACUCAUCCCUGCGGGCUCACAGUAUACCCAAAUUGCUCUUUUUGUCCUUCUGUGGGUAAUACCACUUAUCACAGCCAUCACAACCGCCUACGUGUUCAAGAAGACAUUCUACAAAAUCAAAUUCAACCAGGUUGGAGUGAGUGAGAAGAAGACACUUAUCUCAACGAGUGUAUUCAACAUAUUCAAGCUGGAGAAAACGGAGAAUGGGCAGUCAAAGAACCCUCUGAUACGCCUGGCAACCAGAUCCAGAUUCCUUCAGAGCAAAUCCGCCUUCAGUAGCCGUACCUCACACCGGCGGAAGGUUCUCGUUGCGACAAUGGAAUAUGACCUUGCCGAUUGGGGUAUCAAAAUCAAGAUCGGCGGCUUGGGCGUCAUGGCACAACUGAUGAGCAGGCAACUUGGACAUCAGGAUCUCAUUUGGGUUAUCCCAUGUGUUGGCGGAAUAGAUUACCCUAUUGACAAGCCUGCCGAGUCUAUGUUUGUCAUGAUUCUCGGCAGCUCCUACGAGGUGAAGAUUCAGUACCAUUACGUGAAAAACAUCACCUACGUGCUCCUGGACGCACCAGUCUUCCGUCAACAAUCGGCCCAAGAGCCUUACCCAGCUCGAAUGGACGAUAUGGAUAGUGCUAUCUAUUACUCUGCCUGGAACCAGUGUAUCGCGCAAGCUAUGAAGCGAUUUCCUAUCGAUUUGUAUCAUAUCAAUGACUACCAUGGCUCACUCGCACCGCUAUACCAGUUACCGGAGACAAUUCCCAUUUGUCUAUCGCUCCACAAUGCUGAGUUUCAAGGCCUGUGGCCCAUGCGAACACAGAAGGAGAAGAUCGAGGUCUGCUCUGUCUUUAAUCUUGACAUGGAUGUUGUGACUCGUUAUGUUCAGUUCGGUGAAAUCUUCAACCUGUUGCAUGCUGGCGCCACUUACCUCCGUCUACAUCAGCAAGGAUUUGGUGCCGUUGGAGUUUCGAAGAAAUAUGGCAAACGUUCCUAUGCAAGAUAUCCUAUUUUCUGGGGUCUCAGGAAGCUUGGAAAUUUGCCGAACCCCGACCCUUCGGAUACUGGCGAGUGGAACAAAGAUCUGCCUAAGAAAAAUGAGAUUAGCGUCGACAGCGCAUUCGAACUGGGCAGAAAAGAAUUUAAGCGUCAAGCGCAAGAAUGGGCUGGUCUGGAACAAAAUACAUACGCCGAUCUUCUUGUCUUCGUUGGAAGAUGGUCAAUGCAAAAGGGUAUCGAUCUGAUCGCCGACGUGAUGCCUGCCGUCCUUGAAUCAAGACCAAAUGUUCAACUUAUCUGCAUCGGACCGGUCAUUGAUUUAGUAUUCUCGAAACCACAAUUCACCGUUUUGCCGCCAUUUAUCUUCUCGGGCGCUGAAUUCGCAUUAAUCCCUUCACGAGACGAGCCUUUUGGCUUGGUUGCUGUGGAAUUUGGUCGCAAAGGAGCUCUUGGCAUCGGUGCUCGAGUGGGUGGUCUCGGUCAAAUGCCUGGUUGGUGGUAUACGGUCGAGUCCACGACCACAUCGCAUCUUCUCAAGCAAUUCAAGCUAGCGAUUGACAAUGCCUUGAACUCUAAACCCGAAGUUCGAGCGAUGAUGCGUGCGAGGUCAGCCUUGCAGCGAUUCCCUGUUGCACAAUGGAUCGAGGACUUGGAGAUUCUUCAGUCCACAGCAAUUCGGAUUCACAACAAGGAACGCGCAAAGACGCAGACGCAACCAUCUGCUGCAGCCUCGGCAUACAGUGCCAUUUACGGGAUGAUGACCCCGCAGACUGCAACUAGGUCCAGUACUUCGACUGGUACCCUCACACCACCGCUUCAGUCAACUAGUCGGCCUGGAACUGUUGGAUCAAUGCAACGUGACUCAAUGAUAUAUAGCCACGACCCGAGUCCAGGCAUUGAUGUCCGUCCUAAGUCGGGCUUAAGUCGACCAAUGUCAUUUGGUGUCAGGCCACUGGAUGGAGUUGAAGAGUUCGGAGAAGAAGCAGCACCCGAUAUCGAGGAUGACAGUGAUGACGAGAUGUUGACUACCUGCUACGGCGAUGAUGAAUAUCCACUGGGUCCUGGUCCAGCAGACGCUGCUCACCGAAUGGAAGUUUCUCAGUCUCCUGUGCCUCUCACCAGAGAGGUUCUUGCUGCCCGGCACGCAAUUCAAGGCUCUCUUUCUCCUCGAUCCAUAACUACAGCCUCGAGCUCUACGGCACCCAGCGUAGCGGGAACAGAAGAAACUCUUCUCCCUCCGCAACGUCCUUGGGCAGAGCUAGGUAAUGGUCUGAGCAGUGCUUCACAGCUAUCUGUCGAUUCGGUCAUUGGAGAUAAGAAAGACUACAAAUUGCAAAAGGUCAAUCCAUUCUUCACAGACAGCAAUGGCGAAUAUUACAAGGCCUUCGAGAAGAAGUUGGAAGACCUCAAUGGGGCAAAUUCAGACUCUCAGCUUUGCAUCGAGCAGUAUUUAGAGAAGAGCGAAAAGAAAUGGUUCGAUAAAUUCCGAGACGCCCGCUUGGGACGCAAUCAAUCUCCGGCUCCUUCAACGGGAUUCGGCAAGAACGGCGGGCCUUCCCCUUCGGGGUCUAUCACCAACGAUGACACCACAUCCCAUGAGAGUGGCGGCCAAGAGAGCAAAAUAGCCGCCGAUGAGUUCAAGCUGGGAGAAAAUUAUGUACCACCGACAGGGCUGAAGAAAUGGAUGCAGAUGCGACUUGGAGGCUGGCCAGUUUAUUCCGUGUUUCUCGGUCUCGGCCAGAUCAUUGCUGCUAAUUCCUACCAAAUUACCUUGCUCACAGGUGAGGUCGGGCAGACUGCAGCAAAACUAUACGGAAUCGCUACUGUGUACCUGAUUACAUCUAUCCUGUGGUGGUUCUUCUUCCGGUUCUACAAAUCCGUGCUUGUCUUGACCGUGCCAUGGUUCUUGUAUGGUGCUGCCUUUUUGGUCAUUGGGCUUGCCCACUACGAGCCUAACUCAUUCAUCCGUGGAUGGAUUCAGAAUAUCGGAAGUGGUAUUUAUGCCGCAGCAUCAUCAAGCGGUUCUAUCUUCUUUGCCCUCAAUUUUGGUGAUGAGAGCGGUGCCCCUGUGAAGCUAUGGGUGUUCCGUGCAUGUCUUAUUCAGGGUACACAGCAAGCAUAUGUCAUCGCCCUUUGGUAUUGGGGCUCAACUCUGACAAAGGCAACGAAUGCUGGAGUUGCGAACGUGCAAGGCAGUAUCAUCAAUACGUGGAGGAUGACAGCGAUUUGCGCACCUAUUACGAUCUUGUUGUGGGCGAUCGGAUUGAUCGUUUACUUCGGCUUGCCAAAUUACUAUCGUCAGACUCCUGGCAAGGUUCCGUCUUUCUACAAGUCUGUCUUUCGGCGAAAAAUCGUGCUUUGGAAUUGGGUUGUGGUCAUCCUGCAGAACUUCUUCUUGAGCGCACCCUACGGUCGUAAUUGGAACUUCCUCUGGAUUUCCAACCACGCCAAGCCAUGGCAGAUCCUAUGCCUCUGUGUUGCCUUUUUCGGCUUCGUUUGGAUAGCAGUGCUUUGUCUCAUGGCACGCAUAUCUAAGUCACAUAGCUGGAUUCUACCCAUCGUAGCCUGUGGCCUUGGUGCACCCAGAUGGGCACAAAUAUGGUGGGGAACAUCCGGCACCGGUCUUUUCCUGCCAUGGGCAGGAAAUUAUGUGUCCGGUGCUUUGGUAUCCCGAAGUCUUUGGCUAUGGCUUGGUGUGCUGGAUGCGCUGCAGGGUCUUGGUUUCGGCAUGAUACUUCUGCAGACCUUGACUCGCAUGCAUAUUUGCUUCACCUUGCUUGUCUCGCAGGUGCUUGGCUCCCUCGCGACUAUAUGUGCGAGAUCUUUCGCACCGAAUAAAAUUGGUCCGGGGCCCAUCUCUCCAGAUAUCACGGCCGGUGUCAGUGCAUUGGGCAACGCGUGGUUUUGGAUUGCGCUUGUCCUCCAGCUUUCGAUUUGUGGUGGCUUCCUUCUUUUCUUCCGCCGCGAACAGCUGUCAAAGCCUUAG